UGGUAACACUUCUCGCUUACCGAGGUUCUUUUUGACAGGUAUAUCAAGCAGCAUUCAUUGAGAUUUGCGGAUAUUUAAUAUUAUUUACAAAGAAACGGCGACGACAUGAGGCCAUUAAUGCUGCACGGACAUGAGCGUUCUAUAACGCAAAUUAAAUUUAACAGGGAAGGUGAUUUGCUCUUCUCGUGUUCUAAAGAUCAAAAGCCUAACGUGUGGUAUUCACUAAAUGGCGAACGUUUGGGUACAUAUGAUGGACAUCAGGGUACUGUUUGGUGUUUAGAUGUUGAUUGGACAACGUCGAAACUCAUAACUGGGGCGGGUGAUAUGACAACGAAAAUUUGGGACGUUGAAUUAGGUUCAGUCACAGCAUCGAUAGCAACUAAAUCUAUGGUGCGCACAUGUCGUUUUAGUUAUUCCGGCAAUCAAGCCGCAUAUUCUACAGAUAAAGCUAUGGGACAAAACUCAGAAUUAUUUAUUAUUGAUGUACGCACAGCCGAUUCUUCAAUUGCAGAACAGAGUCCAAUAUUAAGGAUUCCCAUGUUACAAACCAAAAUUACAUCAAUGUUGUGGGGACCACUAGAUGAAACUAUUAUUACUGGUCAUGAUAAUGGACAAAUAUCAAUUUGGGAUAUACGCAAAGGUAGAGAAAUAAAUUCUGUCAAUGACCAUACCGCAGGUAUUAAUGAUAUGCAGAUGAGUAAAGACGGUACUAUGUUCGUAACUGCAUCAAAGGAUACAUCAGCUAAAUUAUUUGAUUCUGAAUCUUUAAUGUGUUUAAAAACAUACAAAACUGAGAGACCAGUAAAUUCGGCGUCAAUUAGUCCGAUCCUGGAUCAUGUUGUUUUAGGCGGUGGUCAAGAUGCUAUGGAAGUUACAACUACAUCGACUAAAGCAGGCAAAUUCGAUUCAAGAUUUUUCCAUUUAAUAUAUGAAGAAGAAUUCGCACGUCUUAAAGGACAUUUCGGUCCAAUUAAUAGUUUAGCCUUUCAUCCUGAUGGUAAAAGUUAUGCAUCAGGAGGCGAAGAUGGUUUCGUUCGUCUGCAGACAUUUGAUAGUUCAUAUUUUGAAAACAUUUUCGAGUAAUUUCCAAACAACUUAUACA